AUGACGGUGUCCCCCACACCUGAAUACCCGGGAUAUGAUUCUGACAAUUCAAUGCAGAUUAGGAAAGGUGGUAGUUCAUCUGGAAGCCUUCUCUAUUAUGACUGCAUGGACAUCCUCUCUCUGCUCAUUGCCCUGCUUGGGCUGGUCGGGAACGGCGCCGUCCUGUGGCUCCUGGGCUUCCGCAUCCGCAGGAAUCACUUCUCCAUCUACAUCCUCAACCUGGCGGCGGCCGACGCCCUCUUCCUCUGCUGCUCCUUUCUUAGAUCCGUACUUACCCUUUCUAGAGUUUUCAAUUUAAAAUGGGAAAUACUGUCAUUCUUCACAUAUAUCUCCUACACUGCGGGCCUGAGCCUCCUGGCCGCGAUCAGCACCGAGCGCUGUCUAUGCGCGCUCUUCCCCCUCUGGUACCUAUGUCGCCGCCCCAAGCACACGGCGGCCGCGGUCUGUGCCGGACUCUGGGCUCUGGCCGGGAUGGUCUGGCUACUACCUCUUCUAAAGCAUAGUUUUGAGCAUGACUUUGUCACCCUAUUCAUCAUCCCGAGUGCAUGGUUCUUGCUCCUCACGUGUGUGCUGGGCGUGUCCAGCCUGACUCUGCUGCUGAGGGUCCAGUGCAGCUCCCGGCACCGGCGGCCCCCCAGGUUCUACCUCCUGGUCAUGCUCACGGUCCUCGAGUUCCUGCUCUUCGGGCUCCCCUUGGGGGUCUGGGAUAUCAUGUAUUUUUACUAUAAAUUAGACCGCAUGCUUUAUUGGCUCUGUGACACCCUGGCCUGUGCGAACAGCAGCGUGAACCCCCUCAUUUACUUCUUCGUGGGCAGACUAGGGAAUAAGCGGAGGGAGCCUCUCAGGGUGGUGCUGCAGAGGGCCCUUGGGGAUGAGCAAGAAUUAGGAGAUGGGACAACAAACACCCCCCACACCAGCAGCGCAGAGACUACACUCUGA